GCGCGGCGGCGGGCCCCCUGCUCCGAACCGCAGCCGCCGCCGCCGCUUCGCCAGCCGGGGCCGGAGCUGCUCGAAAAUGCACUCGGAUGCCGCCGCUGUCAACUUUCAGUUGAAUUCACAUCUCUCAACACUGGCAAAUAUUCAUAAGAUUUACCACACCCUUAAUAGGCUGAAUCUAACAGAAGACGUGGGUGAAGACGAUCCCCAGACAGGAAGCCUGCGGCCCCGCGGUCCCUCGGACUCCUUUGGGAAAGCGAUGCCUCCGAGGAAAAAGAGGAGGCCGGCCGCCGGGGACGAUCUGUCUGCCAAGAAGAGCCGUCAUGACGGUGUGUACAGAAAAUACGACUCCACUAGGAUAAAGGCCGAGGAAGAAGCCUUCUCAAGUAAGAGGUGUUUGGAGUGGUUCUACGAAUAUGCAGGCACCGAUGAUGUGGUGGGCCCCGAAGGCAUGGAGAAAUUCUGUGAGGACAUCGGCGUCGAACCCGAAAACGUGGUUAUGCUCGUCCUAGCCUGGAAGCUGGAUGCACAGAAUAUGGGCUAUUUUACGUUACAGGAGUGGCUGAAAGGAAUGACGUCCCUACAAUGUGACACCACGGAGAGGCUAAGGAAUGCCUUGGAUUACCUGAGGUCCUUACUGAAUGAACCAACAAACUUCAAACUGAUUUACCGAUACGCAUUCGACUUUGCACGGGAAAAAGACCAGCGCAGUCUGGACAUCAACACGGCCAAGUGCAUGCUGGGACUGUUGCUGGGAAAGACCUGGUCCCUCUUCCCCGUCUUCCACCAGUUCCUCGAGCAAUCGAAAUACAAAGUUAUCAACAAGGACCAGUGGUGCAACGUGCUGGAGUUCAGCCGGACAAUUAGCCUUGACCUCAGUAACUACGACGAAGACGGAGCGUGGCCCGUUUUGCUGGACGAGUUUGUGGAGUGGCACAAGGAGAAGCAGAUGACAUAGGAAUCUUCCGCCGGGGCCGGCCGUCGCUCCCGCCGCCGCCACGGAUCGCCGUUCGUUCCGAGCCGCAUGCUGCUUUUCCCGCGUCCCCUGGGCGGGGAGGUCGGGGGGUGUGCGUGAGUGUGCGUGUAUGUGCGCGUGUAUGUUUGAGUGUGUGCGCGCAUGCGCGCCAACCCGGCCGGCUCUGCUUGCUCUACUGUAUAGCGUUGGUCUCCGAAGACGGCUUCGCGUCUUGCAUUUACACUACAACGUCCUCACUGUGAUUAUGUGUAUAUUGCCGUUUCAAUUUUGUAUAUGUGUAUAAAAAGGAAAAAAAAAAAGCUUCACCUAGAGAUGAUUUCUGCAGAGACGUCACGCACAAAUGAUUCUGUGGCAUAUUUCUAGUCCCCUUUUUCAACCGAAUCCAGUUCCGUCUUCGCUUGGUCUCUCCAACGUAGCACUUCCGGACACGAGACUCGAAGCUCGGAGCCGUCGGGGCCGGGGGCGGGACCUCCUCCCUCCGCCGCACAAGCCAAGCGUCCCUUAACGUCUCGCUCAGGAAUCGAGCGUCUUCUAGGAUUCCCCGAACAGGAGCGUCGGGAGGCAGCCGGAGCGGCUGGGGCGUCCGGCUCGGCGGGAAGGAGGGUCCGAGGGCCUUGCAGGGUCGGUACCGCAGCCGCGGGGCGAAGUGCCGACGCUCCCGCCGAAGACGGACCUACCUGGGGAGCCGGGGCCUGGGGCUUGCUCCGCCCCACCCCGGCCCGUAUCUGUCUGCCUCUGGUCUGCAGAGAGGGUCUAGCCUGCUGCUUCUGCUUCAGCUGCUAAGUCAGAUGUGUGUGUGAGUGUGUGUGUCUCUCUGGGGGGGCGUCUCACCCUCUGUCGAAACGGACCGGUUGACUGGUGAAGCGAGGCCCCGGUGACUCUAGGUGCCUGACUGUUGUUCGGCCUUGGCGGCUGGGGUGCCGCGAGUCUGGGGCGCGCAUCGGAGAACAGGAGGCGAGGCCCGGCCCGGGGUGGAGGGCACGGCAGAGCAGCGGGGCCGGGGGAGGCGCCCCGAAGGGCCGGUACGACAGCGUCUUCGCGUUGCUGUGCUUCGGAUGCCCCGCGGCUCGCGUGUCCAGCCCCGGCGGCGGGGAAGGAAGGAGCAGCGUGGACGGGGGUCGAAGAGGUGCCACCCACCUGGGUCCGGGGUGCUCGGUGGAGGGGUGCUCGUUUGCCGGUUGCUGAGUCAGCCCGAUAGGGAACUCGGGGAAGCACAGUGAGUGGGCAGCGCGCGGGAUUGUUCGCCCCACCCGACUGUUGUAGCCCAGUCUCUUGGCUAACAGUACUCACUUUUUGUUUGCCUUUGUUUGGUUUUCCUCUUCUAACCACCACCAAAGACAGAAAUUGUGGAUCUUCUGUGUGGGCGCCUGCAGCCUCGCGUUGUUGGAGGGGGACGGUCCCCCUCCGGCCAAGGAGGCAGGCUGGUUCUGCCAGGGGUCCAGAGGCACUUGUGUGAACAGGGUCUACGUGCGCGUGGCUCUCGUAGCGGGGACGGUCCCGGGGGGCAAGCCCUCCCGCUUAGAUUCGACAUUCCAAACCGAAGCCACAGCUCCCAGAAUCAGGCCUGCGGGAUUUCUCGCAGUGCCCGCCCCCGGAGAAGCCUCCCAAAGUGUUGAGUUGGAGCUAGGGUACGCGGAGCGGUCCUCGCCGCCCCCUCCCCAGGCCAAGAACCGUGGCAUGGGCAGGGAUGGGUGAGGAGGGUGAGGGCUGCGGGCUCGGAGCGGAUGGCAGGCGCCGGUGCCGUGGGCGGGGCCGGGCCGGCUCGUGUUCUCGCUGCGGUCGAGGAAUGGCGGAGGCACCGGCGGGUGUCUUCUCUAAGUCAGUUCGUGUGCCUUUUUCCCUGGGUUUUCAUCCAAAGCGCCCCCGACUCCCUACCCCCUCCUCUUCCUCCCGGCUCCCCGCAAAACCCCCGGCGACGGGGAGGGGAGGCCGGCGGCGGCGUCCGCGUGCCGCCCGGGAGCCGAGCCGCUCGUCUUAGUGCUUUUAGUCAACCUGGGUGGAGCUGCCACCUUCAGUCGCUGAAGCCUUCGGUCGCCAGGUCGGGGCUGUGGAAGCUGAAGGUCCCGAAAGUUAGCUCCACCCUGGUUGAAAUCCCCACAACUGCUAACAUACCUCUCUCUCUCUUUCUCCCCACCUCUCUCUGUGAGCCUUAUCCUUUCUUCUUUCCACGUUGUAUGAUAAAUGUAUAAAGUUCCUCCACCAACCGAGCUGUUGGUUGUCUGUAAAUGAGACCAAAAUGUGGGUUGAUUUUUUUUGUUUUUGUCACAACAUAAUCUCUACUGGCGGUGACCGUCUGCCCUCCAGACAGCCGCAAACCGAUAACUGUGAAUGCUUCUGUGUCUUCAGUAUUGGUGUCCUGUCCAUUAGGUGAGCGAGUCUCGUGACUCACGGUGUAACUAGAAAGUCCCGGCCGGGGCCACCCGUCACGGGCUCAGGUGUGAGCGGUGUCCCACCCAAUAAACAGUAUUUGUGUUUGGUUUCA